AAAUUGAAAAAAGAUGGCGAACACGGGUGUACUGCCGUUCGUCCGCGGUGUUGAUUUUACAACAAAUGACUUCAGUGGUGAUAAAUUUCCAAAUGCCCUGCGCUUGAUGACCCGAGUGCAAUGGCUCAAACUCGACCGCACACAUCUCAAAGAGAUUCCCGAGGAAAUGGGAAAUCUGCACAAAUUGGAGCAUCUCUCGAUGAAGAACAACGAACUUGAGAAGCUUUUCGGCGAGCUCACCGAGCUGGGAUGCCUGAGGUCAUUGAACCUCCGUCACAACAACAUCAAGAGCAGUGGAAUUCCACCGGAACUAUUUCGUUUGGACGAAUUGACGACCCUCGAUUUAUCGCACAACAAACUUAAAGAGGUUCCUGAAGGAUUAGAACGCGCCAAGAACUUAUUGGUUCUGAAUUUAAGCCACAACCAAAUCGAAACCAUUCCUACAGCAUUAUUUAUUCAUCUCACAGAUUUGUUGCUCCUCGACCUGUCGCACAACAAACUCGAGACACUGCCUCCUCAGACGAGACGUCUGGCGAAUCUUCAAACCUUAAUCCUUGCAGAUAACCCCCUGGAGCUUUUUCAACUGAGACAAUUACCCUCGCUGCAGAAUCUGGAAGUCCUCAAUAUGAGGAACACACAGAGGACGCUUCUGAAUUUCCCCACAACUCUGGACAGCCUGUCGAAUCUGGCCGAGUUGGAUCUGUCACAGAACUGCCUGCCCAAGGUGCCCGAUUGCCUCUACAAUCUGCCCAAUUUGAAACGUCUCAACCUGAGUGACAACGAAAUAACUGAACUAUCAUCGGGCGUCGAGUUCUGGCAGAAGCUGGAGACUUUGAAUCUGUCCCGGAACCAACUGACAGCCUUACCAUCGGCCAUUUGCAAGCUUAUGAACUUAAGGCGCUUGUAUUUGAAUGACAAUAAGUUAGACUUUGAAGGAAUACCUUCGGGAGUGGGCAAGCUAUGCAGCAUGGAGGUGUUCUCUGCCUCAAACAACCGCCUGGAGAUGGUCCCUGAGGGCUUGUGCCGUUGUGGGUCACUCAAGAAGCUGAAUCUGAGUUCGAAUCGAUUGAUUACCCUCCCAGACGCCAUCCAUCUGCUAUCAGACCUCGACCAGCUGGAUCUACGCAACAACCCAGACCUGAUAAUGCCUCCCAAGCCGACGGAGAUCAUCAAAGGCUCUGGCAUCGAGUUCUACAACAUCGACUUCUCCCUGCAGACUCAGCUGCGAUUGGCUGGAGCCAGUGUCCCUCCCUCGAUUCCUGCAAAUGGCACCGGAAAGGAUCCCAUUGCCAGGAAGAUUCGUCUGCGUCGUGGUCUCCGCAAUGAUGGACCUGAUCAGGACUCCGCCAAAAUCCUCAAAGGCAUGAAAGACAUUGCCAAGGAGAAGGACGAUGCCACAAACAACACGUCCUCCUGGAAUGGCGACGAUGGCAAACCCGAGAGUUUGAAGCCCAAGCGAUGGGAUGAAUCCCUGGAGAAACCCCCACUGGACUAUUCGAAGUUCUUCGAGAAGGACGAUGGCCAAUUGCCAGGCAUCACCAUUUGGGAGAUCGAGAACUUCUUGCCCAACAAAAUCGAGGAAGUGGCUCAUGGCAAGUUCUACGAGGGAGAUUGUUACAUCGUGUUGAAGACGAGCCUUGACGAUUUGGGUCAAUUGACUUGGGAGAUAUUCUUUUGGAUUGGAAACAACGCGACUCUGGAUAAGCGAGCUUGUGCGGCUAUUCAUGCUGUGAAUCUGAGGAACUUCUUAGGUGCCCGCUGCCGGACAAUUCGUGAAGAACAAAAUGACGAAUCGGAGGAGUUCCUGGCACUUUUUGAUACCGAUGUGACAUACAUCGAAGGCGGUCGCACCGCUACUGGUUUCUACACAAUCGAGGACAUGCUCUACACCAUCCGAUUGUAUCGCGUCCAUGCAGCAGGAGCCUCAAUCCAUUUGGAACCCGUGGCUGUUGAUUUCAACUCCCUCGAUCCACGAUACGCAUUCGUCUUGGAUUGUGGACAGAAGAUGUUCCUGUGGUAUGGACGCUGUUCGAAGAACACCCUCAAUUCAAAGUCACGUCUGAUGGCGGAGAAGAUUAACAAGACCGAGCGCAAGAACAAGUGUGAUAUCAUCGUUGAGAUGCAAGGAGAUGAAAGUACAGAAUUUUGGGACCAGUUGGGAGCUGAUCCUGAAAUUGCUGCCGCCGCGAAGAUUCCCCAACAUGUGUCGGAGAACUUCGUGCCGCCAAUUCCGCGUUUGUACCAAGUUCAACUGGGUAUGGGCUAUUUGGAGCUGCCUCAGGUCGAAAUUCCCGAGCAGAAGCUCGUCCACACGUUGCUCAGCAGCAAGAAUGUCUAUAUCCUUGACUGCUAUGCCGAUUUGUUUGUGUGGUUCGGCAAGAAAUCGACGCGUUUGGUGCGCGCAGCUGCCGUCAAACUCUCCCGAGAGCUCUUCAACAUGAUCAACAGGCCAGAGUAUGCUUUGGUCACUCGAGUUCAGGAGGGAACUGAGAUUCAAAUCUUCAAGUCGAAGUUCAUCGGAUGGGACGAGGUUAUGGCGGUAGAUUUCACCCGGACAGCAACAUCAGUGGCGAAGACCGGAGCGGAUUUAACCAUCUGGGCGAGGAAGCAGGAAACUAAGUCGGAUUUGGCUGCUCUGUUUAUGCCGCGCCAGAAUCCCAUGGCUCUGAGUGAGGCCGAACAGCUGGAGGAGGAGUGGAACUACGACUUGGAGGCUAUGGAAGCGUUUGUCUUGGAGGGCAAGAAGUUCGUCCGUCUGCCGGAGGAGGAGCUGGGCCACUUCUACACUGGCGAGUGUUAUGUAUUCCUGUGUCGAUACUGUAUUCCUCUGGAGGACGAGGGCGACGAUGCCCCCGAAGACGACAAUCGAGCUCCGCCUGAUGAGGAAAUCCAGUGUGUAGUUUACUUCUGGCAGGGACGAAACGCCGGCAAUAUGGGAUGGUUGACAUUUACCUUCACGUUGCAGAAGAAAUUUAAGGCGAUGUUUGGCGAGGAACUCGAAGUGAUCCGCAUCCAUCAACAGCAAGAGAAUCUGAAAUUUAUGGCUCACUUUAAGAGGACCUUCAUAAUACACACGGGCAAGCGAAAGGAUAAGCAAAAGACCCCCGAUGGUAAGGCGGCAGUGGAAUUCUUCCACUUGCGUUCGAAUGGUGGGGCAUUAUGCACAAGGUUGAUACAAAUUCAACCGGAUGCAGUUAAUUUGAAUUCGGCUUUUUGUUAUAUUUUGUAUGUUCCAUUUGAAACUGAAGAUGAAUCACAAUCGGGAAUUGUUUAUGUUUGGAUUGGUUCGAAAGCAGCUCCCGAAGAAGCUAAACUUAUUCAAGAUAUCGCUGAGAAUAUGUUCAAUAACCCGUGGGUUAGCUUACAGAUUCUGAACGAAGGCGAAGAGCCAGAGAACUUCUUCUGGGUGGCUUUGGGUGGCCGCAAGCCCUACGACAAAGAUGCCGAUUACAUGAAUUUCACUCGCCUCUUCCGUUGUUCCAAUGAGAAAGGUUACUUCACUGUCGCUGAAAAAUGUUCCGAUUUCUGUCAAGACGAUCUCGCCGACGAUGACAUAAUGAUUUUGGAUAAUGGCGAACAAGUAUUCCUAUGGCCCGGUUCAAGAUGCAGUGAAGUUGAAAUAAAACUUGCUUAUAAAUCUGCACAAGUAUACAUUCAACAUAUGAGGAUCAAACAACCAGAAAGACCGCGCAAACUCUUCCUCACCCUCAAGAACAAAGAAUCAAAACGUUUUACGAAAUGUUUCCAUGGCUGGGGUGCCCAUAAGGCUCCGCCUGAAUAAAUCAGCCAAGUUCCAGCAGCGAACAGCGAUGCAUCAUAAUAUAUUAUUUUACUAUAUAUUUAUAUAUUUUCGUUCUUUUUCUUUUAAAUGUUUAUACAAUAUUAUAUUAACAAUGUACUGAUACACUUUUACAAUGUAACUUAUUUAAAAUUUAUUAUAAUAUACACAGAAUAUAUAUCAUAAUAAUAAAAUGCUAAUAAUUUG